AUGGGUUUCUGCGUUGUGAUGAUUGAUAACCGUGGAGCAGCAAAUCGUGGAGUUAAUCUUGAGGCAGGUCAUUUAAAAUAUCGGCUGGGCCAAGUUGAAUUAUUGGAUCAAGAAUAUGGUUUAAGAUACUGUGCACAAAAAUAUGAUUGUAUCGAUUUAGAUCGAGUUGCUAUUCUUGGUUGGUCGUACGGAGGAUAUUUAGCCUUGAUGGCUUUAGCACAAAUGCCAAAUCUUAUCAAAAUUGCGAUUGCUGGUGCACCCGUGGUGUCUUGGAGACUGUAUAACACUGGUUAUACUGAACGUUACUUAGGUUUACCAAGUGAAAAUGAAGAACAAUAUUUAGCGUCAAAUGUUUUAAAUUAUGUCUCAUCGUUUCCAACCGAAGAAAAUCGUUUAAUGAUUAUUCACGGUUUAAAUGAUGAAAAUGUUCAUUUUGCUCAUACGAAAACGUUGAUCAACAAGUGUGUGCAAGAACGAAAACCUUAUAUUUUGAAAGUAUAUCCUAGUGAACGUCACGGAUUUAGGAACAUUGAUUCAAUGGAACAUUUCGAAGUUACACUUUUAUUACAUCUUUUAAAGUAUUUAUGA